AUGAAUUCCAUGAACCCCAUGAAACCAUCACACCCUGGCACAGGACACAGUGAUGGUUCAUUUGCAUACGAGUCUGUUCCCUGGCAACCAAACACCAAUCAAGCUGCAGGAUCGCUCUCCGUGGUAACCACUGUCUGGGGUCUGAGCAACACGUCGCAGAGCCAGGUCCUUGGAAAUCCCAUGGUGCCCAGUGGUGGCCCCACCGGGGGCGGAGUCAUGCCAGGACUGCCUGGCAGUGGAGGAGGAAUGGGGAGCCCCCAGUUUAUUGGCCAGCAAGCAUUUCCUGAAGGGGGUGCUGGGAAAGCGUAUCUUCAGCAGAACAUGUAUGCACGUGGAGGCUAUCCAGGGGGAUCAGCCUACCCAAACAGUUAUCCUGCAGGGCCCACAGCUGCUGGUGGCUUAGGCAUGCCUCAGCACACAGGUCGUGGUCCUACCGACUUUACACAAGCGGCUGCUGCAGCAGCGGUGGGCAGCAGCUACUGCAACAGCAACCGCAACAGCAACUGUAGCCGCACUGCAGGAAAAGCAGAGCCAGGAAUUAAACCAAUACGGAGGGGUGGGGCCUUCUCAUAAUUUUGGAGGUCAGUUUAUGCCUCAUUCUGCACCCCGUGGUCCCUCCAUGCAGGGUGGAAUGAAUUCUGCAGGCAUGGGAUCAGUCAUGGGUACUGCCGGCCUGGCUCAGAUGGGCAUGAACUCUUCAAGAGCUCCAGCCAUGAACCCUAUGUACACCGGGCAAAGGAUACCGCCUAAUGGUUACCCUGGGCAGCUACAAGGUCAGCCAAUGCCUAGACAGGGAGUGAAGAGAACAUAUUCCAGUGAGGGUUAUGCACCUCAGCAGUACAUACAAGGGGGCCAGUAUCCACCACAUGGCACCCAGUAUGCCCCUUCUGCCCCUCAACAAUCUGCUCCAUCACCUUCCUACCCUGGGCAUCGUGUACAGCAGAACAUGACGCAGUACAUGUCCCAGGCGGGACCUGGGGGACAUUUUUACAAGCUGACUGACCAAUACAAUGGACAGAGCAAUAACUUCAAUGGAGGAAACUUUGCCUACAGUCAAACUAUGAGUGGGCCGGCACGCUCUAUGCCUGGAUAUCCCAGUUCUCCAUUGCCUGGUAACCCUACACCACCUAUGACACCUGGUAGCACUGCUCCACCAUAUAUGUCACCAGGGCAGGAUGUCAAGUCUCCAUUCCUUCCAGAUGUGAAACCUCCACACAACACCCUGCACCAGUCGCCAACAGGUGCUUCCAAUGAUGAGCUACGUCUAACGUUCCCAGUGCGAGAUGGGAUUGUGCUAGAGCCUUUCCGAUUGCAGCAUAACCUGGCCGUCAGUAACCAUGUGUUCCACUUGCGGGAAUCUGUAUACAAGACCCUUAUGAUGCGGCCUGAUUUAGAGCUGCAGUUCAAAUGUUACCAUCAUGAAGAUCGGCAGAUGAACACAAACUGGCCAUGUUCUGUCCAGGUCAGCGUCAAUUCCACACCACUGAGCAUUGAGCGCGGAGACAACAAGACCUCUCAUAAACCCCUCUAUCUGAAGCAUGUGUGUCAGCCUGGAAGAAACAGCAUUCAGAUCACCGUCAGUGCCUGCUGCUGUUCUCACCUGUUUGUGCUGCAAUUGGUGCAUCGUCCAUCUGUGAGAUCUGUCCUACAGGGUUUGAUAAAGAAAAGGCUGCUCCCUGCAGAGCACUGCAUCACCAAAAUUAAGAGAAAUUUCAGUAGUGGCAGCAUCCCAGGAACCCCUGGGCCUAAUGGGGAGGAUGGGGUGGAACAGACGGCUAUUAAAGUGUCCCUGAAAUGUCCGAUCACCUUCCGCAGAAUUCAGCUUCCUGCCAGGGGCCAUGACUGUCGACAUAUUCAGUGCUUUGACCUGGAGUCAUACCUGCAGCUGAACUGUGAGCGAGGGACAUGGAGAUGUCCUGUGUGCAAUAAAACUGCCCUUUUGGAGGGCCUGGAAGUUGAUCAGUAUAUGCUGGGAACUCUCCUCUAUAUUCAAAACUAUGACUAUGAAGAAAUUACGAUUGAUCCUUCAUGUUGCUGGAAACCAGUCCCAGUGAAACCAGAUACCCAUAUAAAGGAAGAGGCAGAUGGACCGGUCCUGAAGCGCUGUAGAAGUCUCAGCCCGGCACACAUGGUAAUGCCGAACGUCAUGGAAAUGAUUGCUGCACUGGGACCAAGUUCUUCUCCAUUCAACAGCAUGCAGUCAGGAGGGGGCGCCGGAGCUGAAUACAGCAGUCAGCAGGGCCCAACUUUCCAGAAUCCAGGGGGAUUCCCUGAAGGCAGCUUCCCUUCAUCGAACCCUGGCACCCCAACAAUGAAUGACUUUAACACCGGUGGCCCUCCACCCAUCUCUUACCAGUCUGACAUUCCAAGCUCCAUGAUGAACCAGGAGAAGCCUGGAGGACCUUCGCUGACACAGGACAGGUUCCUGGCACAGGGCGGAUAGAUCCAUCCCAUAAUCCAGUUCAGUCACUUCACACCUCCAACAUGAACAGCCAGUCACCGCAGUUACACCACCGGAACCAAGCACGGCCAAAUAUGGCUCAGCCUGGGGGUGAUCUGGCAUUUAACCCCACAGUUGCAAUCCCGGGUACUGGAGAUGUGCCUGAACCAUCGCUUGAUCUUCUCCCUGAACUGACCAAUCCAGAUGAGCUGCUCUCAUACCUUGGGCCACCGGACCUUCCAAACAGUGGCAAUGAUGACCUUCUGUCCCUUUUUGAGAAUAACUGA